UCUGCCUAUUUAUUUGUCCUCUCUAUGCUGUUUUCUAUACAGACUACAGAGUACAUACCUUGCUUUAUAGUUAUGCAGAUGGUUCGUGACAGAAAAAAAGAAAAAAAAAAUGUUAUGCAGAUGAUAGCAAUGGGCCCGAUUGGCCAAUCCAGUACCGGCGCUGGGUGCUUCGAAUGGGCAGAAACGCUCCACAAUGUAAUAUCUCAUAUAAACGUAUCCUUUAACAAACACGGAGUAACUUCAAUUCAGUUUGGAUAUGUCGAGGAUGGAUCUGUUGUCAUGUCUGAAACGUACGGUUCAUCAUCAUCUGACUGUAGCAGGCGAAUUUUGAGGCUGAAUCAUGAGACAGAGUUUGUGACUGGGAUUCACGGGGAGGUAUACAAUGGUUACAUUUCCUCGCUGGCGUUUCAUACAAAUGAACGUACUCACUAUGCGGUUCACUGGACAGUCGAUCCAGGAGAAUUGGGUCUUAAGAAGAUGGAGUUUCAUUCAGGGAUACUUGAACGCUGUGAGUUUGGAGGUUUCUUUGGAACUGUUGAACAUGGUCAGUUGAAAUCUAUUGGUUUCUACGUGAGGCCUGUGAUCCCAAAUGUUAAGGCCAUCAAAGGGUAAGAUGUUUCAACAAGCAAGCUGUGAAGAGUUCUUGAUCUUAUACUAUAUGGUUUCACUAAAUAAAGUGUCUUUCAGACACAAAAAAAAAAAAAUAAAUAAAUAAAUAAAUAAAGUGUCUUUCCGUUAUUUCUCAGCUUGUUAUGAUGUAUCCAUGAUAAACUAUGAAAUAAAGUAAUCAGUCUCUGCUAUGAUAAUGAACUGCUUUGUUUUAACACUGCUCAACAAGAGAUCAACAAGAACUCAGAGAGGACUUGUUCAAACGGACAAGACUUGUUGCAGUUGAUACUCUCGACGGAAACAAGGGGUGAAUUUGAUGAUGACGAGAGUACUCUCGACAAGAUCAAAGACAAGAGUCAUGAAUGAAUCAUCUCACGAACUCUUACAUCAUCCCUGGCCGUUUAUUUUAUAUAAUACUCUUGUGUCUAGUCAAAUUAAUAAAAUUUGUUUUAAAUAUCCUCAAGUCAAAUUAAUAAAAUUUAUUUUAUACAGUAUAAUACUCUAGAUAUGGUACUCCCUCCAUAUUUAUCUCAAAUAUUUCCAAUUUGCUGAUGAGGACUCCCCUCAAUACUCUGUCCAUUCUUAAAAAAUAGUUGAUCUAGAGAAAAAAAUUAUUUCAAAAAGAUAGUUGUUUUAUAUUUUCAAUACAAUUUUUGUCAACUAAUAAUGAAAAAUUGUGAAGUUCAAAAACAUUUAUUGUAAUAUGUAAAAUUUUAUUGGUUUAAAAGUAUAGAUAUAUAAAAUUACAGAAAACGAUGCAUUUAUAGUUAAGUUUUAAUAUGUUUUAUUAAAAAGUAUGAAAAAUUCUAAAACGAUCAUUUUUUACAAACAGAGGGAGUAUGUUAUUAAAUAUUUAAUUUAUAUUCAACCUUAAAAUUAGGGAUUUUGUGUGUGUUUUCGUGUGAGCUAAGGGUCUUCCAAAAUUAGGGCAUUCUAUGAUGAAUGAGCCACCGUCUCUGAUUACGUCACUUCCCGAAGACGUCGUCCUUGACAUCUUAGCGCGUGUACCAAGAUACAACUAUCCAACUCUCUCCCUGGUAUGUAAGCACUUCCAAUCACUUGUUGCGUCCCCUGAGAUAUACGCAAGAAGAUCUUUGUUGAUGUGCACCGAAAGCUAUCUGUACGUUUUACUGUUCAGCACCCGAACCCUCAACGACCGUUGGCAUGUUCUUAGCCAGAAAGCCAGUGGAAAUCGCAGCUUUGCCCUAAUCUCUUCGCUUUUGGAUAUGCCUUGCUGUGAAAGCUUUGUGGCGGUGGGUUCGAGGAUAUAUAUGUUUGGUGCGAAUGGGAUUGAUGAGAUGACAUCAUCGAGUGCGUUUAUGAUCGAUUGUAUAUAUCACACGGUGCAACCCCUCCCCAACAUGCCAAUACCCAUGCGUGGUACAGCUGCUGCCUAUUUCGACGACAAAAUUUACGUUGUUGGACACUGCAGUAUGAAGUCAACUGUGAUGGUGGUGUUCAAUACAAAAACACAAAUGUGGGAGCCUGGAUCAAUAAAGCCAGACACUUCGCUAGAGACGUGGAAUUUUGGUUUUAUGGUGGUGAUGGCUGAUAAGGUUUACAUGAAGUCUAAUUAUGUGAAUAGCUUUAUCUACGUGCCAAAGGAAAGUAAAUGGGAAACUGUAGAUGAGAUGAUGAAUUCUAAGCAGUGGACUAAUAAUCCAUGCGUCGUUGAUGGCAUAUUGUACUACUACGAUGGUUAUGUUCAGAACUGUUUAAGAGUGUAUGAUUCAAAGCAGAAGUGCUGGGGAGUGGUGAAUGGUUUGGAAGAGCUGAUGGCUGAGAUACAACGUCCACAUAGGUCAAACACUGUGCGUUUUGGUCGGAAUUUGGCUUUGUAUUUUUGUAAAAGGGAAGAACAGCAGGGGAAUAGAACAACAAGUAAUAUUUGGUGCGCAGAGAUUUCGCUGGAAAGACGUCAAGGAGGAGAGAUUUGGGGUAAAGUUGAAUGGUGCGAUCAGGUUAUAGUUGCUGAGGAUUGGGAGUUUACAUUAUCUGUAUCUGUUAUGGUUUAAUGCAUGAAAUCUCUUUCAUAUAUGUAACUUCUGUUUUGUUUUGGUUUUUAUUUGUUUGGGUUUUAUGUUUGUCACCCAAAUGUCUACAUAAUGAAGUUUCUUUUCAAU